UGCCUCCCUGCCUGGAGGACUGUGGCUUGGAGAGCUUCUUCUGCCCUGUCCUUCUCCCCUUCGUCCCACCACCCUUUCUUCCGCUACGGGUCGCGUUUGGGGGCGGCCAGGUCGUCAGGAGCGACACGGCUCGCCCUCCCCUUCUCCCUCCUCCUCCCCGUCCCCCCUCCUGGCCCCCUCCUCCUCCUCCUCCUCUCCCUCAGCGCUUCGAUCCAAGAUGGCGGCGCUGAGCAGCAGCGGCAGCGCUGAGGGGGCAUCGCUUUUCAACGGGGACAUGGAACCCGAGCCGCCUCCGUCCGGGGCCUCCUACGCCGGGGGCAGCGGCAGCGCCGGAGGCGACUCUGCCAUCCCGGAGGAGGUGUGGAAUAUCAAACAGAUGAUUAAGUUAACACAAGAACACAUAGAAGCUCUGCUAGACAAGUUUGGAGGAGAACACAAUCCACCCUCGAUCUAUUUGGAGGCAUAUGAGGAAUACACCAGCAAGUUAGAUGCAUUGCAACAGAGAGAGCAACAAUUGUUGGAAUCAAUGGGAAAUGGAACUGAUUUCUCUGUCUCCAGUUCUGCCUCAACAGAAACAGUUACAUCAUCAUCAUCUUCUAGUCUUUCUGUAGCACCUUCAUCUCUCUCUGUUUAUCAGAAUCCUGUAGAUUUAUCACGGAGUAACCCUAAAUCUCCUCAGAAGCCUACUGUUAGAGUUUUCCUACCCAACAAACAGAGGACUGUGGUUCCAGCACGAUGUGGAGUAACAGUCCGGGAGAGUCUAAAGAAAGCUUUGAUGAUGCGAGGUCUUAUCCCAGAGUGCUGUGCUGUUUACCGUAUACAGGAUGGGGAAAAGAAGCCCAUUGGUUGGGACACAGACAUUUCCUGGUUGACGGGAGAAGAACUACAUGUGGAAGUCUUGGAGAAUGUGCCUCUUACAACACAUAACUUUGUACGGAAGACAUUCUUCACAUUAGCAUUUUGUGACUUCUGUAGAAAGUUGCUUUUCCAAGGAUUCCGUUGCCAGACUUGUGGUUACAAAUUUCAUCAGCGUUGCAGUACAGAAGUACCACUGAUGUGUGUGAAUUAUGAUCAGCUUGAUUUACUCUUUGUCUCCAAGUUCUUUGAACAUCAUCCAAUACCACAGGAAGACACCUCUAUAGGGGAGACCACCCCAACAUCUGGAUCAUACCUUUCAGUGGCCCUUUCAGAUUCUUCUGGCCCACCAAUUCUCCCCAGUCCAUCUCCUUCAAAAUCCAUUCCAAUACCCCAGCCAUUCCGACCUGCAGAUGAAGACCAUCGGAAUCAGUUUGGUCAACGUGAUCGCUCAUCGUCUGCCCCCAAUGUGCACAUCAAUACAAUAGAGCCAGUCAAUAUUGAUGACUUGAUUAGAGAUCAAGGGUUGCGAGGAGAGGGAGCCCCUAUGAACCAGCUGAUGCGCUGCCUUCGGAAAUACCAAUCCCGGACUCCCAGUCCCCUCCUCCAUUCUGUCCCCAGUGAGAUAGUGUUUGAUUUUGAGCCUGGCCCAGUGUUCAGAGGCUCAACUACAGGAUUGUCUGCCACACCACCUGCAUCUUUACCUGGGUCUCUCACUAAUGUGAAAGCAUUACAGAAAUCCCCAGGGCCUCAGAGAGAAAGGAAGUCCUCAUCAUCUUCUGAAGACCGUACUAGAAUGAAAACUCUAGGUCGACGAGAUUCAAGUGAUGACUGGGAGAUACCAGAUGGCCAGAUCACAGUUGGACAAAGGAUAGGCUCUGGUUCAUUUGGGACAGUCUAUAAGGGGAAAUGGCAUGGUGAUGUAGCAGUGAAAAUGUUGAAUGUGACAGCUCCCACCCCUCAGCAGUUACAGGCUUUUAAAAAUGAAGUAGGCGUUCUCAGGAAAACACGACAUGUGAAUAUAUUACUUUUCAUGGGUUAUUCAACAAAGCCACAGCUGGCUAUAGUUACACAGUGGUGUGAAGGGUCCAGUCUUUAUCAUCAUCUACACAUCAUUGAGACUAAAUUUGAAAUGAUCAAGCUGAUUGAUAUUGCACGCCAGACAGCACAAGGAAUGGAUUACUUGCAUGCCAAGUCUAUCAUCCACAGAGACCUCAAGAGUAAUAAUAUAUUUCUUCAUGAAGACCUCACAGUAAAAAUAGGUGAUUUUGGUCUAGCAACAGUGAAGUCACGGUGGAGUGGAUCCCAUCAGUUUGAACAGUUGUCUGGAUCAAUUCUGUGGAUGGCACCUGAAGUUAUUAGGAUGCAAGAUAAAAAUCCAUAUAGUUUUCAGUCAGAUGUAUAUGCAUUUGGAAUUGUCCUUUAUGAGCUGAUGACUGGGCAGUUACCAUAUUCCAACAUCAACAACAGAGACCAGAUUAUAUUUAUGGUGGGACGAGGGUAUCUUUCUCCGGAUCUCAGCAAAGUACGAAGCAAUUGUCCCAAAGCCAUGAAGAGACUAAUGGCAGAAUGCUUGAAAAAAAAGAGAGAUGAACGGCCUCUCUUCCCCCAGAUCCUUGCAUCUAUUGAACUUCUGGCCCGGUCUUUGCCAAAAAUUCACCGCAGCGCAUCUGAACCCUCCUUGAACCGGGCUGGUUUCCAAACAGAGGAUUUUAGCUUGUAUGCUUGCACGUCUCCAAAAACACCUAUCCAGGCAGGGGGAUACGGCGAAUUUGCAGCGUUCAAGUAGCCACAGCAUCAUUGGCAGCAAAUCCACUCUUACUUUUAAAGUCUUGUGUUCCUACAGUUUCUUUUUAGAAUAUUCAGACUCUCUUCUGCUCCUCUAAACACUGCGGUUUAGAAAAACCAUAGUUCUGUACACUUAGAUCUGAUCAGAAGGGAGCUUCCAGUCCAACAUUUGGUGGAAGGGAAAAGCUCUUGUUUGGGACAAGUGCUUUCCGCUGCCUCUGUGUUCACCUCCAACAAAAGUCAUGUGCAUUUGAAGAUCUCUAGUGGCUGCCUGUACUGUUGGCAUCAUUCCCAGGAGAGAGGGAGGGCCUGCGCUUUGACUUUCUAGUGCUGUGGCAUGAUGAGGUUGGAACUCCUUUUGCAUCAUAGGCUUGGGAUGAUCUGCUGGCCGGCUUUCUCCCUCUAACAACGAUCCAUCAGAGGCUGAACAUCUGAUGAGACAGAGCUAAUCAAAACAAUCAUCCUCUGGUUUGAUUUUAUUUUGCGUGUGUUUUCCUUCCUGGUGUGCUUACUGAUCAACGAGAUAAGUGCAAUGUUUCCUUUUCAAUUGAACUUUAGUGUCUGCUCUUUUGAUUUCACAAAACAAAAAUUCAGUCAGAAGAGUAAAUAAGAGUCAUUUGAAAAGGAAAGGAGAUUCUGCACUUUCCAGAAUUGCUUUUACCUCCUAUUCAGAGCCAUCUUUUUCCCCAUCUUUUCCUUUUUUGUACACUUUUGGAAAGGGUUAGGAGCCCUUUUUUGUCGGUCCAGCAACAAAUGUUUUUACAAAACUGUAGCAAAGCUCAACAUGCGUGGCUUCUUUUCAUUUUGUAUUGCUAAUUUGAAUCUGUGUUUUGUGUGUUGAACUUUUUGGGGAUGCCCAGAAAGUCUAAUACAGACUAUGAAUAACAAGUGUACCUGUUUUAAAAGGUACAAGAUAAUGUCAGGUACCUAACGUUUCAUAAGCAGACAUUCUCAGGUUGAAUUGAAUACAUUUUAAAAAUGAAACCCAGCCACAAUCUUCCCAAAAAUUAGACAUUCCAAAAAAUGUGCUUUGGUACUUUUUUUUUUUUUAAAAAAUAGAACUUUUAAUCACGUUAACUCAGCAAACUGUGAAUGAACGUUGUGUGCAUGAGAGAGAGAAAAUGCAGCAAAUUGGCUUUAGUGGCAAUUUGCUGUUUCUUUUGUUGUUGUUUUCUAUAGAAAUGGUACUUGCUGGAUCAACACCACUUCUCACCUUGCCUAUCCUCGCCUUUUCCCAUGCAACUACUUUUCUUGCCCUUAUUUCGUAUCCUUGGUGAUUGCAUUUUGCUUUUCUCUUUAUGCCUUGCCCUUAAAUCUAAUUUGCAAAAUGGUUCCCAGUUCUUAUUAUUAUCCAAUAAAGAUAAAAUGAAAUAAAAAUCAGAUGUUAGGUUACCUGUAGUAGAAUUAUGAAGCUAUAUGAAUUACGAAGUUAGCAGAAUUCUUUGCUGGGUGAUUUUCUUUUUUGGAAAAGGGCAAUUGUUUGCCCCUGGAAGGGAAUCCAUAAGAACAGAAGCCUUAUUAGUGUAUCCUGCCCUGUAUUGAUAGGUAUGAGGCAUCCCUGUGCUAGUAGUUUCUAGUGGAUGAAAUUGGAUUAUCUGGUGAAAAAGUCAAAAUUCAGAGUUCACAUUCUGAUUCCACAGUUCUGUUACUAGAAAAGCCAAGGGAAAGAUGAUUUUUCUAGCAAAGGUUUUUUGUAAAACGUGACUUUAAAAAAAAUCAUAUUAUUACCUCCAUGCUAAAGAAACUAUUUUUUUUUUCAUUGAACCAAGGUACUUACAGAAAUGGGAGCAAGAGGCAUAAUCAAAAUACUGUGUAUUCAGACACUAACAGGAUAAUGAGUGAAAUUGCUUGGCACUAUUUGUGGGGAAUGCAUUUCUGGAUAAGCAUCACUGAAGUGAAGAGACGUAGGAAGUUAUAGAUGUGUUCUUGGAUGACUCCUUUUCACUUCAGUGACUGGGCUGCUUUGGAGAAAUUUCCAAAGAAUUUAUUCAGAACAAUGAGAUUAAAACAACUUGUGUCAUCACACAAAGAGUGUGUGAGGUAUGUUACAAAUGUAAAGCACAACUUUAAUGGUGGUCUGCAGUGAUUUUUAACUUUUCAGAAUACAGAUUCUUUCAAAUCUUACCAGUUUCACUUCCCUCCCCACCAGCCCCCAGCAUCAGUAAUCUGUCCUAGAGGUGAGUAUCAUAUGCAGUAUGUUGAAGCAUGUACAUUGCAUUUUGAAGAGAAGAAAAAUACAAGAAAUCUUUGCUGUCCACUUAAAAUCAUGCAGAGAAAACAGUAGUAACUCUUUGAAGCCAGUUCUUCUCAGAUCACAGUAGUAUUUUUUAUUUAUUAUUAGAUUUAUAUCCCACCUUUACUUUGUACAAUUCAAGGUGAUGUAUAGCAUGCUGGAAAACAAGAAUGCAAUUAAUUCCAUAACUCCCAAUAUAGACCAGUGUGGAUCCUCUGCCAAGAAAUGUUCUGUCCACCCAUAUCCUGUCUGUUGGUGGCGAGUGAAGCCAACAUUCUUUCAGGAUUCUUUCCUCCUCCUUAGAUACUCUGCCUUUCCCAAGGAAAGCUGCCCAAUAGUUUAUGACUUAUGAUUUGUGGGGGUUAAUUAUUAAUUAUUGGCAUGAAUAAUAUCUGUGUUGCUUACAUGCCAUUAAAAAAAGUCUGAAAAAAUGUAAGUAAUAAUUCCAGUUGCUUCAUCACAUUUUGAGUCAGUGGAUAAAAGCAGUUGAUGAAAAUUCUAACUAUACUGACCAUAUAAUUGCUCCAAAAGAAUAAAUUUAGGAUGACCAUUUACCAGUGCCCUUUCACCCUUGAAUUCCAAAUAAUUUGGUUUUAGACAUUGUACAUAUGCAUUUUAAAAAAAGCACCACAAACCAAUCAAAUUUCUCUAGUUAGACUGGCUGUGCCUGCAGCCUUACCCAGUUUUCAAUAUUUCUGCAGCAUUUAUGUAUUCUGUUUCAUAUUUUCCCCCCUUGGGUGCUAAGAUUUAUAGCUGUUGUUUCACUUCCACCAAACAGCAUAUCCAUGUCAUUCCCAUAAACUACUCUAAAAUAUUGGAUGUUGACAUCUCUACUGUACAGAAUCCCAGUAUAUUCCUUCCAUCUUUCUUUGAUCUUCUCUAAAUCAGUUACUAUCUGUCCACUGAUGUCCUUUAAGCAUACCAAUUUGAGGUUAGAACUUCCUCCUGAUUUCAGAGAUCCUUUGGAAAACUUUCCUUAUUUUUUUUGUUUGUUUCCCUCUUCAUCGUCUUUACAGAUGUUGUAGUAAUAUUCCUUGUCUUUUUAAACAGCUCUCUGAAAUUCUUUGUUAAGUUUCUUGAAAUUUCUGUUCCACCAUUUGUUUUGACACUGUUUGUUUUUUUCUCUUUCUUGUUUUUUGGCAGUUUCUUUUCAUAUUCAGUAACUUCUUUUAUUACAUUCCA